AUAGUCACUCAAGGUGGAGGACACGGAACAAGAUGGAGUUGGCCGAGAUCUUGAUCUCUACGCCCAAGGUGGGGCUGGAACUCACGACCCUGAGAUCAAGAGCCCCAUCCUUCCUGGACUGAGCUUGCCCAGAGCCGCAGAAGGAAAAGGUUUGACGUGUUUAACUCUAGGAGGCCUGCCCGCUGGAGUUUCUCCUCCCCCCUGCUCUGCAGCCCAGCUCAGGGGCCGACAGAGGAGAGGGCGCCAUGGCGCAGAACCUGUAUGGUCCUGGAGUGCGGAUGGGCAACUGGAACGAGGACAUCUACCUGGAGGAGGAGCUCAUGAAGGACUUCUUGGAGAAGAGAGCUAAAGGACAGCUUCUGAUACAGAGAAACAGAAGACUCAAAGAGAAUCUCUUGAGACCGAUGCAGCUUUCCGUGUCGGAGGAUGGGUACGUUCGCUGUGGCGACAAGGUGAUGCUGGUGAACCCCGCCCACGCGGAGGUGGAGGCCCACCUGUUUCUGGGCGGGGACCUGAGCCUGUGCGCGACUCCCGAUGAAAUUAAAGCGCAUCUGAGCGGCGAGUUAGAGGUGCCGUGUGGCCUGAGCGCAGCUCAAACCAGGAUCCCGGUUGGCAGAAACACUUUCACCAUUUUGAGGGCAGACGGAAACGCCACGGGUCAAGUCCUCAGAUACGGACAGGACUUCUGCCUCGCGACCACGGGAGGGUUUGAAGACAAAAUGCUGUAUUUAUCCAGUGACCACAGGACCCUCCAGAAGUCGUCCAAGAGAUCUCUGCUCCAGGAGGCAUACCUGACGGAUGAGGUCUCCUACCUGAGCUGCUGGCAGGCCGCCUUCCUGGACCCCCAGCUGCGCCUGGAAUACGAAGGCGCCCCCGUUCCGGAAUCGGAGGCCUUAAUGCAUAAUGCAAACAGCACUGUCUCUUCCUCUUUAAAGGCAAAUGCAAAGAUCCUCAUCUAUCACUGCGGCACGAAUCGGGGGCUAGCAGUCCCCAGGCAUGUUUUCUUGAGUACCUAUUUCGGGAAGGAAGCUGAGGUGGCCGUCCACACACAUCUGGAUUCACACAGAGUCGAAAAGCCGAGCAACCAUUGGAUGUUGGUGACCGGGAAUCCCAGGAAAGGCUCGUCUGCCAUGUUGGACCUGCCCAAGCCACCGGCCGAGGACCCCCCAGCCCUGGAGCAGGCCACGGACCCCGGGGCGCAGUGACUCCAGGUGCGUUCUGGAAAAACGUAGCUUUGCUAGAAAUCGAUGAUCUUGGCCGUGCCCCACGCCAUUUUUCAGUAAGGCGUAGAAGUCCCUGAACACUCUAUUAAAACAAAGGCUGUGUGAAGAUUCUUGAAUUAGUGGUGGGGGUCUGGGCCACAGAAAGAAACUGGCUCUGGGGAGAUGGCUCCUAGGUGGCAUUUGAAGGUGACGGAUGAUACUCUUUGUUGAUCACUAGUUCCUGAAGAACUGUAGAUCCCAUGUAGCGGCAGCUUCUACGAGGACAGUGUGUUUCCUUUGAAAGCUAUGUGUGUGCGAUAAAGCUAUCAGAACCA